CGCAAAUUGACAUGCACGUGGAAAAAAUGUUCUUAACAUGUUGCGUAUCUAACACCAUUAUUUAGGGUGUUUUUCUAUAUUUAAGUGUUCUGGAAUAGAGUGAUGUUUUAUAUUUUUCCAUAGUCUUUAUUCUUCAACUGAUCGGUGGAUUGGGGCGGUGAAACUUCAUUUGAUUUCUUUGAGCCUGAGAAAAUAUGGCCAGUCUCGCUGCAAAGUACGAUUACUUGGAGAAGUUGACACGUAAAGUAUGUGUAUCCAAAAAUCAGGAGCCAAAGAAAAGACCCUAUGUUCCAUUCCAAGGCAAACAGACAAAUGAUGGUGCUCCUCCGAAGAAAAAGAAGAACAAGCAAAACCCAACAAAAGGAGAUCAAAUUAAGGCAAAUCAGAAGAAACCAGUUGUAAAGACUGUACCUGCGGCACCUCCAACACAGAGAAAACCACUCCAGAAUGGCACCCCCGAAACACAAAAGAAACCUGAGGGUGGAUCAUCACAGGAAUAUAAUGCUAUAGAUAUUCUACGCCAGAGGCUUCAUCAGAAGAUUGAGGAGUCUCGUGGACAGGGUGCCCCUAAAGAUCCAACCUCAGAAGAGGUAAAGAAAAAACGGGAAAAACGGAAGCAAGAAAGGGAGCGUCAGAAAAGAAAAAAGAAAGAGUUCAGGAUGAAGAAGUUAGCAGAGAGUGUAGCUUUGCAGGCAGGAGAGGAGGACAAGAAAACUGAAACGAUGGAGCCCAAGGCCGACUCUUCCCCAACCAAACCUUCCAAAAACGAACAGAGCUGCAUAGUUUUCAACAAGGUGGAGGUUGGGGAAGAAUAUGUGGACAAACAAACAAAGCUAAUGGAGAAGAAAAAGAAAAGAAAAGUGAAAGGAACUCUGACUCCGCUGACCGGGAAAAACUACAAGCAGCUUUUAACGCGUGUUGAGGCAAGAAAUGCUCACCUAGAGAAGCUUCGAGAAACUGAUGAGGCUAAAGCGAAAAAAGAGGAAGAGAAGAUGAGGUGGACCAAUGUUCUCUACAAAGCGGAGGGUAUGAAGAUUAAAGACAAUGAGGACAUGUUGCGAGCAUCACUGAAGAGGAAGGAGAAAAUUAAAACUCAGAAGAAGAAGAAAUGGGCAGAGAGGAGUCUGCAAGUGGUGGAAAAGAUGCAAAGGAGACAAGACAAGAGGCGAAAGAAUAUUAAGAAACGCAGACAAGCCAAGGUUGAUAAGCACAAACAGAGGGCAAGGAAGAAGGGUCGUGUGUUACCUGCAGAUCUAAAGAAGGCUUCCUUAUAAACAGAAUGUAUAUGUGCAAAAACAUGGAACUAGUAUAUGCAAAUUCUCGUGAAAUUGUCAAUACUUUGCUUGUGAUAGAUUUCAAUGUGAUGUAUGUGGCAUAAAGAGACUCCCACAACAGGAGAUUUGCAAAUAAUCGUAUAAUAUUUCAUUGUGAAUAAAUUUCGGCUUUAUUAAA